AUGAAGAAGAUGUUAAUAAUACAAAAUAAAACAGAUGAAGACAUGGUAAUGUUUGAGCUAAUGAUUAGAAGCGAAAUAAGGCAUCCGUUUCUUAUAAACCAAGUAUGUGCCUUUCAAGACUACGAUAAUCUUUAUUACAUAACUGAAUAUGCCCCAACUCUUCUUUUGAAAUCAAACAUUCUUCCCAAAAAAUUUUCCUGUGAAAUUACAAAAUUUUACGCUGCAGAAAUGUUUCUAUGUCUGAAAUACUUGCAUUCUAAAGGACAAAAUUAUACUUUUUUAUCUUCUAAAAAUAUUUUUCUAUCUACUGGGGGGCAUAUCAAAUUAGGUUACAGUUUCUGUAACUGUAUUGAAUGUAGCAACAACGGCGUAUUGGAUGAUCUUGAGUAUCUUUCACCAGAUUACUUGGAAAACAAUAGGUUUGGAUAUAUGAGCGACUAUUGGUCUCUUGGAAUAGUGAUCUAUCAGAUGAUACACGGCUAUACACCCUUCUUAUGCGAGUCAAUGGAUCUAACAAUGGCAGAAAUUAAAAGAUGCAAGCUGGUCAUUCAGGAAGUAGUAAGUGAAGAUACACAUAGCAUACUACACAUGCUUAUAGAUAGAAAUUUGAUGACAAAAUACCCUACCUGUAAGGCCUUAGAAGAUGCAAUUAUGAAACAUAGUUUUUUUGCAGAGAUUGAUUGGGUAAAGCUAGAAAAUAAAGAAUACGAACCACCUUUUAUUAUAAAAUUACCGGAAUAUGACAUUAAAGCAUCCCCAAACUUGAAUCUAUUGUACACGUCUGAUUGUUGUGGGGAAGGAAAAGAUGGCUACGGAAACAUAUUUACAAGCUACAACACAGUUCAUUUUUUGAAGAAGAAAUGA